GUGAGGGACAUACAAGUCAUAUAAGAUGGGACAUAGCCUUUCUUUUUUGCAAAACCAUUGAUGCUGGUAUAUACUUCACAGAACCACAACCAACACAGGGUCCAACAUGUCAUCUGCAUCUUUCCAAGGAAUAGUACGUCCUUUUGUAAUUGCAAUUCUUAUACUGGGUUGUUUUUGGAUUUUAAUUUUUACUUAUUUUUAUUUCAUGAUUCCCACUUCCUGGCUAUCAAGUCAAGCACCUGCACCAAUGGUGGAACACUUUAGUUCCAAAAAGGAACAAGACCAGACUAUUAUACUAAUCUGGAUGUGGCCAUUUGGUGAAGCCUAUGAUCUCAGCUCCUGUAGUGCUCUGCUUAACAUUGAUGGUUGUUACCUAACAGCAGACCAAAAUAUGUACAGCAAGUCAGAUGGGGUUAUCUUCCAUCACAAUGACAUUAGCUGGGAUUUAUCCAACAUGCCACAAUCACAGCGCCCACCAUUCCAAAAAUGGGUGUGGAUGAACCUAGAAUCCCCCACAAAUUCAAGAAGGAAUCCUGCUCUCAAAAGCCUGUUCAAUUUGACUAUGAAUUACAGGCAGGAUGCUGAUAUUGCGAUGCGUUAUGCAACAAUUGUUAAAACUGAGGAGAAUAACUUCAAAAUACCAAGCAAAAACAAGUUGGUGUGCUGGAUUGUGAGCAACUGGAACCCAAGUCAGAUCAGAGUGGCAUACUACGAUGUGUUGAAGCAAUACAUUGAUAUAGACGUCUAUGGAAGGGCCUUUGAGAAACCAGUCAGCAGUCAAGACUUUGAUGCCACAAUUGCCAGUUGUAAAUUCUAUCUGUCAUUCGAGAACUCAAUCCACAAAGACUACAUCACUGAAAAACUGUACAACCCAAUGAUUGUAGGCACAGUGCCAAUUGUUCUUGGGCCAUCAAGACAGAACUAUGAGAACUUUGUCCCAGGUGAUGCCUUCAUACAUGUAGAAGAUUUUUUCUCCUCCAAAGAGCUGGCUGAACACAUCCUGUUCUUGGACAAGAAUGAAGACAUGUACCAACGAUACUUCUACUGGCGUAGACACUUCAAAGUAAAGAAGACUGAUCCAUUUCUCAUAGGCACAUGUCUUACCUGUACUUAUAUUAGGACACACGAUAAGGAAUACAAAGUUACCAGUAACCUUGACAAAUGGUACUGGGGAUGAUAAAAAGCAUAAUAUGUGGAAUUUGCUGAAAGCUGCUUUUUUACCAUAUACCCAGUGCUUGUGGAGUGAAGGAUGUCCAUUCCUCACCCUUUUUCAUAAUUUCAAAUAUAAAAAUAUUUAUUUCUCAUGUAAAAUGCUGCACUCAAAUUAACUAACAGACACAGAAUUUAGCAUAAUUUAAUUUAAUUUCCAUAAUUUAAUUCAUUUGAGUCUUAUGGUGGC